AUGGGCGACCUUAUCCCCCAGGACCCGGUCAACUGGCUGUCCAAAUCCAUACGCAGGCAAUGGAAGGAGGAGAACCAGGAGAUGGGAAUCCAGCUGGUUGAUCCGAGUUCCCCAAACACGCCCGUUUCUCCAUUUUCUUCACGUCCAGACAUCUGGUGGCUCGAAAUGCUCUACGUUCAAGCCUUGGGAAAGGACUACACAUUUCCUGCCUACGUCUUCGAAUUGUUCGCUCAGAUUCUCUGCCAGACUCUCGGGAUCUAUUGCUGUCAUAACAUCCACGAAAGAAAAGCAUACAACGAGCUUGUGGAACAAGAUUUCUACUUCCGGCUGUGGCGACAAGACGAUAAAAUCGACGGUGUGGGCUACGAGAAGUUCACUGAACCAGCUUUCUGUCGAUCGCGUCCAUAUUUGGCUUGGGAGUGCAUCUUCCCUGACGGACUCGAUAUGGAAGCUCUGUCGCCAAGGGAUGCAAAUGCCCACAUAAGAGCGAAGCAGCCUGCAGCAAAACCCAAAGUACCAGCAGCGAAGUUUUCGCAGAAAGAGAAAGACCACCCUCCGCCACCUCCCGCCGAAGUUAGGGAACCACCCAGUGCUGAUCGUCGAAAUGGAGCAAUCUACCAGAUGGGCCAAUGCCUUGGCAAAGGAGGAUUUGCGAUAUGCUAUGAGGGUCGGCUUGCCGGCACGAAGCAGAACUACGCUCUGAAGAUUGUCAAGAGCUACAUGCCUCAGAAGAAGAUGGAGCAAAAGUUCCAAACUGAGCUUCAAAUCCACUCAAAAAUGAGACAUGCCAACAUCGUCCAAUUCCACAGAGCUUUCUCUUACGAAAAAUGCACAUAUAUAGUAUUAGAGCUCUGCCCGAACGGGUCCUUAAUGGACAUGGUGAAGAAGAGGAGAUACAUAACAGAACCAGAAGUAAGAUUCUGGACUGUGCAGAUGGCAGGUGCCAUCAAGUAUAUGCAUGCUAAAGGGAUCAUCCACCGUGAUCUCAAGAUGGGCAACAUUUUCUUGGACAAGGACAUGAACAUCAAGAUUGGAGAUUUUGGCUUAGCUGCCCUGCUCAUGUCGGGCAAAGAUAUGGUUGCAGUCCGUCGAACAACACUUUGCGGUACUCCAAAUUAUAUCGCGCCUGAGAUCUUGGAAAAGAAUAAAGGGGGCCAUGACCAUGCAGUUGAUAUUUGGAGUCUGGGGAUUAUCAUAUUCGCAAUGCUCACCGGGAAACCACCUUUCCAAUCUACCACUGCGGACGAGAUAUAUCGUAGAGCCCGAGAACGAGAGUACGACUGGCCAAAGUUGAAUACAUCGGAGAACUUCAUCUCAGAGGAAACGAAAGAUUUGGUGGCUGCCCUGCUGCAAAGUCCAGAGAAGAGGCCUGAUCCUGAUACUAUUGUACAACAUCCUUUCUUCACCUGUGGUUGGAUGCCCGAUUCCGAAGAAAUCACACCAGAACUUCGGGAUGAAGCGCCAAGCCCAACAAAGUUCCUUUCAGUUGGUGUUCGGGCAGGAAGAUCAAAUCUCUACACCCGAAACUUGAAGAAACUAUGCAUCAAAUGCGAAGUUGGUCCCUGGAGUCCCACAGUGAAACAUACGAGUACAUAUAGAGAAGUCGCUGCGGAGGAAAAAGCUGGCCUUACCCCGGCAGUGCCUCUCCCUGAGGACGUGGUCUAUCGUCCCUUCAACCAAUGGCUGAAAGAACAAGCCAACCAAGUCAUGGAACGCGGAAAAGAUAUGGAGGCUGCAUCGGAAGCAUUGAAUAAAAUUUUGGAACCUCUUCCUAUGUCAAAGACUAAGGACCAAGCAAUUCUACCUUCUAGCAGACCCUCUACUCAAAGCUUUGCUGCCCAGCAACGGGCAAGGCCUCAAGCAUCCAACCCCUCCAGUCGAACCACCAAGGCGCGCAAAGCUAUUCCAGAGAUUCAACCGGAGCAACAGAGCUCUCAAACUACAGCAGAGCCAAGGACACGCCCAACUAUAGCCAUUUCCAACAAGCGCGUUAAAGGAACUUCUCAAAACGUCGAGUCCAAGGUCGUAGAAGAAGUCGCCGAUGUCGAAGACCGACUGGCAGCAGACCUAGCUAACAAUCUGAACAAAGCGGCAGCAGAACGAAGAGCCGAUCUGAACAUGCCGCCCGUACUGGAAUAUCCUGUAUCUCUGUUUAAUCCUCGAGAGAGACUGGAAUCGAUAUCUGGAACAAAACCUGACCACAUACUAGAUGGUCUUCGUAGCCUCCAGACUGAGUUGGAUCGAGCCCUCAACAGCAGGUCUAUUGCGAUAGAAUCUUAUUCCGCCCCAUCUAACCCGACGAUUGUUGUGAAAUGGGUCGACUAUACUAAUAAGUUCGGACUUGGAUAUAUUCUUAGUAAUGGCAGUGUUGGAUGCAUCUUCAAGGCAGCUCCUGUGGACCCCUCUGAUUCAAGCAAAGGCUACGUCCCACCGGCAUGUGUGGUAGUCCGUGAUGCUGAACGUCACUUACAAAACCGAGGAAACGAGGCGUAUCCGGAUCGACACCAACUGGUUCCUAUUUCUGGACCUAAUAUUGAAUUCUACGAAAAUAGAGGAGAACAAGGAAUCUCUCGUGGGAAGGUCAAUCCACAGAACUACAAGAUUACUGUUGGAAAGAAUGGCGAGGUUGGCAAGCUGUCACGAGGCCAAGACGAAUGGGAUGAUAGAAAGCGGGAAAAGAUCGUCUUAUGGAAGAAGUUCGCAAACUACAUGACUGCAUAUGGGAGAGAUCAAGACUAUCCCUACGAUGAUGCUGUUGCUCGGAAGCCCCAUGAAAGGGGUUCGGAGAUUGUAGCUGCUGGCAACGUAGUGACUUUCUACCAGCGGUUUGGGGACGUGGGCUGCUGGGGCUUCUGUGACGGACACUUUCAGUUCAAUUUCCCAGACCACACAAAGAUUGUGAUCUCCGCAGAUGGCAAGUGGUGCGAUUUCUAUCAUCUGCCUUUAGAAGCCGCACGGGACCUGGCUACAAAAGGAACACUCCCUCCAUCCGCUCUCGACGACCGUCAACACCUUUCAUACCCUCUGCAGACACUUCUCAACUUUAUGGCCAAGCCGUCACGUCUAGGCAAAUCCACAACUCGCAAGCGCCCCGAGAUCGAUCCAAUGAUCCAGGGCAUUCCGCAAGCGAAUGACUUCCGCAAGAAGGUCGAAUUCAUCCGGCUGGUCGUCAAGGAAUGGGUCACGAAUGGCGGUUUAGGAAACAGCAACAUGGAGCCAGAAGGACGGUUACGAUGGACGGGACAGAGAGAAAUCGUCAACGUCAAGGUGCCAUAUAAGCACGUCUGGGUGACGGUUGGUGCCAGGAACGGAGAUGAUAGAAGGGUUGCUUGGUUCGACCCAAGGAAACCCGAGGCUACGAUUCCUGAUAUCCAGUGAAGAACGUGGAACACCUCCACGAUUAUUGCUUGCUUUGGAUCCUCUACUUCACUUGGUCCGAUGGAUAUGCGAUAUCGAGUUUUUUGGGCGAGAAAUUGAGCGUCGUCGUUUCUGGUUUAUCAGGAGUUUUGGUUUUCAAUUUUUUAAUUGGCGUCUAUCCGGGGCGUUUGGAUGGACUGAUGCAUGGCGCUACGCGUGUUUGGCGCAAGGGGCGUAUCAUUCAUAGGAGGGUGUUCUUCUUAUUCACUCAUACAGUUUUCAGACCCGGCAGCGUCCGAGGUCUUGUUUUAGGAGCAUAGCAUUAGUAUUACUCAAGGGGAUUGGACGGGGAUGGGGGUAGAAAUUUUCAGGACAAUCCAAUAAUGAACAAUUGAAC